CCUCGGUUACGUCGCAGCAGUUACAGUGUGACUGGAGAGGAGAGCGCACAGACCGACUCGCCUUAAACGUAAACCCUACAGCCGAUGGAAAGGUUGGACAUCUGUUUAUUCGCCCUGCUCGUGUCUCACUACAUCUGGAAGAUUCUCUUCAUCGCGUGCCUCUUCGUCAGUGGGGCGCCCACGGAGCGCACCAACUAUGGAUUGCUUAAUUGAAGUUGGACCACCUGAUCCGGUUUGCGUCGGGACAAACGAGCGACACUAAAGCGAGAGAAGUUGUUCAAGACACUCGUGCAAAUCGCUUUGUUUCCUGGUCAGAGACCUGGCGUGAGAGGCAGACCCUUUAUCCCCAGGAUACAGCGCACCAUCCGUGUGCGCGUAAAGGACGUGGACAUUCCGUUCAAAUGAAAUACUCUGUGCUGUGUUUUUAUUAAUUAUGAGGCAAAUCUGCUAGAAUAGAGAGUGCGCAUGUUUGGUUGACUGGUUCCUCUCGGCUUUUAUUACGCGCAUUACCAGUUGUGCGUUAAAGAUUAGCCCAAGUCAUCCACCACGAGAGGACCUGCGGUCACAGGCCUGAUCAGCCACCGUGACAGGGUUUGUUUAGAACUUUGACUGCAGCCAAGAGUUUUUAAAGCUGCAGCCAAGUUCACCGGUGUGGUAGGCGUGAGCUAUGGCUUUACCAGACAGUGGCAUAUCCGGGGAGGAAGUACCCUUCCCAGAGAUUAUAGAGCUUAAUGUCGGAGGCCAGGUGUACAUAACCCGCUACUCUACCCUCACAAGUGUGCCAGAGUCUCUGCUGUGGGAGAUGUUCAGUCGAAAGUCAGCCAAGGGACUGGCCAGGGACACCAAGGGGCGCUUCUUUGUGGACCGUGAUGGUUUCCUGUUCCGCUACAUCUUGGACUACAUGCGGGACCAGCAGCUGGUUCUUCCAGACCACUUCCCUGAGCGCGGGCGUCUGCAGAGGGAGGCUGAGUUCUUCAAUCUGCCAGAGCUUGUCAAGCAGCUGGCGCCCAAAAUCAGCAAGCAGAACUCACUGGGUGACGAGGGAUGCCAGAGCGACCCAGAGGACUCCUCACCUGGGAUUGACUCGGCCCGUAACCUUAGCUCCAUUGGUGCUGCCGCUGCCGCCUGUGCCAGCCUGGUCCCCGGUGGCAUGGAUGGAAAGCGGUCCGGGUUCAUCACUAUCGGGUACCGGGGCUCGUACACGUUAGGCCGCGACAGCCACACCGAUGCCAAAUUCCGCCGGGUGGCAAGAAUCAUGGUGUGUGGGAAGACCUCCCUGGCCAAAGAGGUCUUUGGAGAGACACUUAAUGAGAGCCGUGACCCUGACCGCCCUCCUGAGCGCUACACAUCACGCUACUAUCUUAAGUUCACCUUUCUGGAGCAGGCUUUUGACAAGCUGGCCGAUGCAGGUUUCCACAUGGUGGCCUGUAACUCCACAGGAACCUGCGCCUUUGCCCAUGAGCAAACUGAUGACAAGAUCUGGACCAGCUACACUGAAUAUGUGUUCUACCGUCGUUCAGUAAAUUCCGAUGCAACAAAGUUUGACUCCCCAGCUUUGACUGAAGUGGAAACCUCGUCGUCCGCUGCUGCUCGUGCUGCAGUGGAGUCUAACAGCGCAGGCCGAACCCAAAGUCUUCCAGAAUCCAGCCACAUCACCACGCCGGGUGUAAGAAACCCACUGCCCCUGGAUUCUCCUCUGCUGCCUCCUCCCGCUGCAGACAGCCAUGACCUCCUUCAUCUGUCACUUCCUGACCUGCCUCCACCUCCGCCAGCAUGCAAACCAUUAUCUAAUUCCAGCCGUCCUCCUCCUCUUCCUCCUCUUCCUCCUCCCCCUCUUCCAUCUCCUCCUCCCCCAAUGCUGCAUCUUGGUGAGAGUCUCCAACGUCCUACCACCCUCACCUUGAAGACACUGCCGCGACCUGCCGCGAGGGAGAAUGGUGUCCCACCACUUGGGGUGGAUGAGGACGAACAGGAGAGGAAGAUGCUGGAGGAGGAUCUGAAAAAAUGUAUCGACGACUUCAAAAGGAUCCGCUUGCCCAGGCAGUUUCCGGAUCGCAAGAGGCACUGGCAAAGUGACUUGCUCAAAAAGUACAAUGCGUAGCGUAUACUUUACAAACAACCUGAGAGCAGCAGACUUUUGAUCCAUAGUUAGGGAAUGCUUAUUGUAGCAGCCUUUGCAUGUCAACAGAACAAAACUGAACAAGUAUAGUGUGCAGUGUUUAGGCUGAGCUAGUAAAUAGCAUCAACUGGCAAAUAGUAAUGACAUCACCCAUAAGAAUCUGAACUCCUGUGGUCAAACCUCGAGAUAUGUGUUUUGGAAGUUGAGGUUUUUGGUAACCAGGCUCCUGUUGGAUGAUACCAGCUGUCAAUCAUGCUGCUGUCUAUUCAUGUGAGCGGAAACUAGUAAAUGAAAGCAUGAACUCCUCAGGACAACGUCCACUGACAUUAUAAAUCCAGUGAGAACAAGGAUCAUUUUCCAUAGACUUUUAGUUGCUCCUUGGUGGUGAUUCAACAUAUUCUUGGGUUUUCCUUAGCCACCAGAGGAAUAUAUCCACUUUUUAUAUCAAUGGUAAAUAUUUAUUAUCUAUUAUAAAUAUUUAUUUUAGUGCUUUUCUAGUCUUGAUGUCCACACAAAGCUACACACACUACAGUUUUCACCCAUUAACUCACACAUUCAUGCUAUGUUCAGUGCAUUUUUCUAUCACACAUCUUUCAUUCCCAUUCAUUCCCAUGCACUAACUUGAGGUUAAGUGUCUUGCCCAAGGACACAUAGGCAUGUACACAAGUGAUUAUAAUAUAACUAUAUAGUAUAACUAACCUUCCAGUUGAGGUCUACCACUGAGCUACCGUCGUCUCACAUAAUUAUGGUCAGUGCACAAGCUCUGUCUCUUCUCAUUAUAGAACUCCCCUUUACAAACUGUGAAUGAGUUUUGUUUUUAUUCCACAUGAAUUUUGGUGGAAACAAAAACAUAUUGUUUUCCGUCAUUUAAAGAACAAUAUGUGUAACGUAUCAUUGAACAAAUGGAAAAUGUAGAAUAAGUGUGAAACUUUAGGCGUUUGACAUUCUGGAUUCAAAAAAUAAAUAAAUCAAUCAAUAUAUAUAGACUAUAUACAUAAAAAUAUAUACAUAUACAUAUAUAUGUGCAUGCAGCAGUAAAUUGCAGUGUGAAAAGUACACAACUCCUUAUAUGGACAUCCUGGGGGUGUGUUCAUAGG